AAAUAUAUAAAUAUUAAAAGGGCUACCCAUUUCAGACUCAGUAAUGGCAUCUCCUUCCCUUACCCUUCUCUCUUCUACGGCCCCAGCGGCAAUCAAAUGAAAAAAAAAAAAAAGGAAAAUAAAAAUAGAGCAAAGUCUAAUUGUCUUGCUUAUCAAGAAACUCUGACCCUGACAAAGUCAAACUCGGCAGCGAUCACCCAUUCUCUCAUUUCAUUCUCGCGUUCCCUUUAUCUGAUUAUUAGUUCCUUUGAAUCGGGGAAAAAAAAACCGAGAUCAUAACCAAUGGUACUGCCACUGUUGAAGUUAGGAACUUUGGCCUUAAAAACUCUGAGUAAGCCUGUAGCCGCUAGGCUCAAGAAACAAGCUGCGUAUGCCCCUAGGUUCCGCGAGUUCAUCGUCGCCAUUGCUCAGGCAAACCAUCGAAUCACAACUAGAAUGCAAAGGCGCAUUUACAGUCAUGCCACUGAUGCUGCGAUACGCCCCUUGGAUGAGGAGAAAGCUGUUCAGGCUGCUGUAGAUCUUAUUGGGGAGCUUUUUGUCUUCACGGUUGCUGGAGCUGUCUUGAUCUUUGAAGUUCAAAGAAGUUCUAGGUCGGAAGCCAAAAAGGAGGAAGCACGCCGAAAAGAUUUGGAGGCAAUGAAGCAAAGAAAUGAAGAACUAGCAACACAAGUAGAACUUCUCAGGCAUAAACUUGAAGAACUGGAGCAACUUGCUAAGCGACAGGGACUCAGUGGUAUUUUCAAAUUGAAACCUGCUAAUAUGGAGGGGGAAAAAUUGGCCAAAGCAGCUUGAUGUAAACGGGAGAUUCGACAAAUGAGUUGAACACUAAUUUAUUUAUACAGUUUCUCUUAUCAACCCCUCCAUUAAGGGAAUCAUUCUUCUUUUUCAAUCUUUUCAACAUCGAGGCAUCUUUUUGGACUGUAUUCUGGUUUCACUUGUUCAUUAAAAAGAUUAUAGAGAUAGAGAUUAAAUCAGUGAUGAUUUAAAGAGUUUAUAAUCAAGGAUGUGGGUUGGCAUGGUCUGCUAAUUUACCUUAUAUGAACUGAAAUGUUUACUAGUUUUGCCAGCCGUGUGUAGAACUCUUAGACACUCGCACAAAGAAUACAUGCAUGCAUAUGCCAAGUGCGGAGGGUUGGUAAUAUAGGUCCAUUUGUGCGUAAAACUUGGCUGAUAUGUAAUGGGUUGUUAGGGAAAUGACAGGAGCUAAUCUGCCGUGGAGAAUUGUUGAGGAGGCCUGGUUUCUUUUUGAUUUAAACAUUUUUGGUGCCCGUGCCGUUGUUUUGUACUGGCUUUUGUGAGGUAGACCCACUUGUACUGAUUUUGAUCGUAUAAUAUGGAGACUUUCAUGUUGUUUAUGAA